AUGACGGACAGCAGCUCCGUUCCACUACAGCCUCCCCCUAACUGCGCAGAACAUCCCGAAUGCUUGGAAGAUUGGGGCUAUUUGAAUUACCUUCCUAGUGUCGCGGCCAACGCUGUGUUUGUGGUCCUCUUCGCCCUUGGCCUCGUCACUCAGGGCGUCCUGGCCUUCCGCCACCGCACUUGGGGCUUUUCGAUAGCUAUGCUGAUCGGCACGAUUCUGGAAGUUAUUGGCUACGGCGGACGCAUCGGACUGCACUACGAUGUCUUCAUCGACACGUGGUUCAUCAUGUAUCUCUGUUGCUUGACUAUCGCUCCAGCUCUAUUCAGCGCCGCCGUAUACCUCUCGCUUUCGCGCAUCCUCGCGAUCUGCGGGGAGACACUCAGCUUUCUCAAAGGCCGCAGCAUCACGCUCAUUUUCAUUUCAUGUGACUUUAUCUCACUGGUGCUCCAAGCCGCCGGCGGUGCCAUAGCCUCGACAGCCAUGUCCAGCGCGACCCGCGACAUGGGCGUGAACAUAAUGAUUGCUGGCUUGAGCUCGCAAGUUGCCGCGACAACCGCCUUCUCAUUGCUGUGUCUACAAAUCAUGUGGAACACUCGCAGGCAUCCAGAGCGCGUCAAGGUCAAUUCCGAGGGGUUCAGACGAGGAAAAGGCUUCCGUGGUUUCAUCUGGGCCAUCGCCAUCGCCACCGUCACGAUCCUAAUACGCUGCUCCUUCCGCGUCGCUGAACUCAGUGAGGGAUUCAAGGGAAAGGUUGCGAACGACGAACCGCUAUUCAUCGUCUUCGAGAGCGUCAUGAUGGUCAUCUGUGUCUGUGUACUGACGAUUGCACACCCAGGCUUGACGCUGGGUGCCCGCUGGAACACGGGCGAGUUUCACUGGCGGCUGAAGCGCUACCAGCGAGAGGAGAAAUAUCACAAUCAUCAAAGGAGAGCCCCAGCGGAAGGCACAGCAAAGAGCAAGGACUUCCCAAGUGGGACUUCUUCGGAGCACGGCGGGACGAGCAAGGAAGGCAUCGCGGUGGGGGAAGCCGGCGGGUUGGCUUGA